CUCAUCCAUGUGAGGUUACUCUUUAUAACAGCCCUCGUGGAAUCUUCCCGCAAAUUCUCUGAUCUGUGUGCUCAUCUUAAGAAAAAGGAUCAGUCUUGGCUAAAAGUGGACUAACUCAGGUAUGAAAAGAUUGUAAGGCGCUGGAACCAAGGAUUGACGUGUUAUCAGCAUAGUAUUCAAGAUGUCGGCAGCUGUGGUCAAGAAUGAGAUGACGACCGAUCUGAUGAAGGAGGAUUUGGACGAUGUGGAUGGACCACGUGUUGCCAAUGGCGACAUCGAGGUGGAUGUGGAUGACUCCAUGUCGAGCAAAAUGGAGAAAGAUGGAUCGGAUGGUGAAGAUUAUGAAAAGUAUAAACUUUCAUCGACACCUUUCGCACACUUCGCGACAAAACAUUUCAACGGAAACGAUUCACCAUUUGACCUUGAGAUGCGACAAAAGUUCGGUAUUGGCAGAGAGGAUACAAUGUCCCCCGAAACCAGCAAACUGCUCCGUGAAAUUCUGCAGAGUCGAGAACGCAGGAUGCAAUUGCAUUUGGCAGCGGCAGGUAAAAUGCCGCUGGGAUUUCCAAAUGGGAACGAUCACCUGAUGGCUAAGUUGUAUCAAAGAGAUCCCAGUUUAUUCCACAAUGGGGAGCUAGACCUGGACAUGUCAGUGCUGCACCAGAUGGGUCGGCCGAGAAAUGAAGGAUCUUCAGAUGAGAGUGACCAGGACAUUGAUAAAAAUCAAAAUAAGAGAAGUACAAUAGAUAGCGAGUGUUCUAGUCCGUGUGUUACUAGUGAGCAACUGAGUCCUUGCGAUGGGUACGAGGGGAGCGGGCCUGAGGCUAAGUUACUGAAGAGGGCAAGAGUUGAGAACAUUAUCACGAGCAUGCAACUUUCCCCUGGACCUAAGUCAGAUUCGGCGCUGACGCCACCGCUGGAGGCCAGACGCAAGCGGAAACAGUGCCAACCAAUGCAGCAUGAGGGUGCAAAGAUAGACGACCCACCAACCAAAGUCAGGCGAAUGGAGCGAGAUGAUAUACGCCAGCAGCUCACGCACAUGCAACAACAGCUGAUGGACAUGCAACAGAAGUACCUGACGCUUUUUGACAAAGAUCAGUCGGAGGCACCUGAUAAUACAUCCGAUUUGGAAAAUGGCGACGCGAAGGAAAAAUCUGAUAAAAUCAACCAGAACGGCAUUGAUAAGAAAGAUGAGAAGAAGUCUGAUAAGCGACGAGGCUGGCCUGUGUUUGGGUUGGAUGACGAGGUAGAACCUCAUCAGUUCAUUGAUAAGGUUCGCAAGUUAGUGCGCGAUCAGGAGUACGGAUCUCACAAUGACAUUGAUCUAAAGAACAUGAAUCUGGACCAGCUUGCGAAACUCCUAAAGAAUGAAAUCAGGGACGCUAUAAGUAACACUGUAGACUCGGUGGUCACCAAGUUCUUAAACCAGACCAGCAAAACCAAGACACCAGCGCAAACACCUCUGACAGACGCAGCAAACAAACUAUCUACAAUAUCUAGUCACCAGGAUCAUCCCAAGAUUGAACACCCGAAGCCAUCCAAGCCUAAAGUGACAGACAGACAUGCAUUCCGGCCACCAGAGCUCAUUCAUAAUGGGUUCCCGGAGACGCUUCAUCCGCUCCACCAUCAUACAUUCCCUCCAUUGUCAUUCUUUCCCCAAGCAUUCCAGCCACCACCUCAUCUGCCAACCUAUCCCAAGAAGGAACCAGAACAGACGGAAGCUCUUGCACUUGUUGUAAAUACGCCCAAGAAGAAGAGAACCAAAGUGACGGAUACCAGAUUAUCACCACGUGCUGCCCGCGCUCUGCUACAUGAACCAAUUACGUCAGAGAGUGAGAAACCUCACAUGAUGAUGCAUCUGCCUCAUCAUCAUGACAUUUAUCCACCCAUUGUACCGGUUACUCUGCCUACCUCAGUCGCUAUUCCAAACCCCAGUCUUCAGCACUCUGAUGUCCUCUCAAUGUACUCUCAUACCGAACACGGAGGCGCGUUCCACCACGAUUCUCACUCGCCACCCGUCGGCGAUCACAUGUCACCAAGCGGCGCACACACACCACUGGAAAGCCUACAGCUCUCAAUGGCAAGACAGGAACAAUCUGAGUCAGCGUUCGAAAGAAGUCACUGCGAAACCCCAACAUACGAAGCCAGUAUGCAACACAUGACCAGCACAUUAACCCCUAUGCACCUACGAAAGGCAAAGUUGAUGUUCUUUUACGUGCGCUACCCAAGUUCCGCCAUUUUGAAAGUGUUCUUCCCCGACAUCAAAUUCAACAAGAACAACACUGCCCAGUUAGUCAAGUGGUUCAGCAACUUCAGGGAGUUUUACUACAUCCAGAUGGAAAAAUAUGCCCGCCAGGCUAUGGCCGAAGGUGUGAAAUCCCCAGAGGACCUCGUGGUUACUACUGACUCCGAACUUUACCGGGUGUUAAACCUACACUAUAAUAGAAACAACCAGAUUGAGGUACCCACAUCUUUCCGCGGCGUCAUCGAAGCCUCGCUCAGAGAAUUUUUCAAGUCCAUCGCUACCGGCAAAGACACCGAACAAUCGUGGAAGAAAGCCAUCUACAAAAUAAUCGCCCGACUCGACGACGUUCUCCCAGAAUACUUCAAGUCGCCGAAUUGGAUGGAACAACUUGGUGAACAGUAAGACAAUGUCUUGUCAAAAGGAUAUGCCGGCAAAAUGUUUACAUUUUAUUUAUAGACUGGAGCCUGUAUUGUUUUGGAUGUUCGUGUCAGUAACUGUGUCCGGACAUACACUUUCAGCAGCAUAAGAAGCGGAUCGUUACACAGCACCGGACAAUUAUAUUUUUGCGGAAUAUGAACUUCCCAAGUUCUUCUUGAAGACAUUGGCAACGACUGAUUAAAUGGUGUUCUUUAUUGUACAAAUUAUAAGUGUUCGUUAAAAUGGCGCCUGUUUUGUAUAUUUUUCUAAAUUUUUAUUGGAGCCUUAUUAUUCGAUAUACUACUAUUGCGAUGGGUGUACUGCCUGGGUACCACUAACUAAGGUAAUCAAGUCGUUUUGUACGUGUGUUCGUCCGCUACUGAUAUGAAAGUUGUUUCCUGUCAGUUAAUCUCAAUCGUUCUAUGAAUGUUUCGUGGUGUCUGUCCCUGGGAUAGGUAGGUAACUCAGCUGUAAUGAACGUAAUGAACAUGUCUUCUUCUUCAAUUGUGGGCACAGUAAGCCAAAAGUUCAGCAUAAGUGUUUUCAUUCCAAUCGUGUGUUGUAUUAGGAGGAAAAAAUAUGUGUACUACUGAAUUAUGAAUAUCACUGAUUUUAAUAGCUGAUAACCGCUAAUAACUAAGUAUGCACUGAUGCCGCUAAACCUCGUGAUUUCUCAAGUCACUAAGGUAAUAAUGUCUUCAUUUUCAUGUGUCUUCAGAUGUGUUUUUACAUUGUUUUACCUAGAGUUCUAGGUUUUAUAUGAUUAUAACUAAUGGCUACAAGGAAUAAUGACAAUAGUGAUUCUUGCCUUUCAUUUUUAGCAUUCACUUUUUAUGACCGUCAAAGGUUCUCAUGUUAGGUUAUACUGAUCCUAGUAUUCUUUAUACCGGGUUACUACGACAAAGAAAUUCACUUUAUUUUGAAUUUUCACAGUCCAUAUAAAAGUUUCUGGGCACCAUUGCUGCGAAAAAACCACGGAGGCUUCAUUGGGCUAUGAAGUCAGGACCAUGGAUACAGUGUGAACCAUGUUUGUUUCGACGUCCAUUUGAAGUCAUGACAGUUGCAGGUCCAGGUGUUUUGAGAAAGCAACAGCGCCAAUGAAAACAAGGGGGAGCCCUGCUGGUUUCUAAGAUCUAUUCCAAUAUUCGCGUCGUUUUCAAGGCUUUCGUGCACCUAUCUCUGGAUCCGCACUGUCAGCAGCCCAUGGCUACAGUCAACCAUGUUCGGAUGGUAUAUACGGGCAACUAGAGGGGAACUGAAUUGUAAAAUUGGAACAAUAUUAUUCGUUUGCACAUGUUGUUUUACCAUGUGAUUUUUAUUUACACUUCGGCAUUUAUCAAACAGGUGUCCAUUCCACAGUUUGAAUACAGGAUUGAAAAUGCGUCUUUUAUUUUGCAUUCCACAUUUUGACAACAGGAGUAAGUUAUCUUUUUAUUUGAGGAAUUGACAACAAGCCCGAAUAUGUGAUGAGCGCUUGUGGCCUUUUUCUGAGCCCGAGCCAUGAAAAGCACCAUCUGAUUUUUUAAUUGUGUUCUUAAUCAUUAAUUAAGUCAUUUUGAUUAUGCAAUAGGUUUGUGUUUGGGAUUAUAGAUGUAUAUAUCCUAGGCAUGGUUUGUAAAUUUACCCAAAUUGUACAGAAUGUAAUUUAUUAUGUAAAUUUCACAUUAUUUAAGUAUCAAUUUGCACAAAACCACAAAAACCACAUCCACACCGUAAAUUAGUUAUUUAUGAUUGUUACCACUAGGCCUGCGUAGAACUGUCUAGUGCCUGAAGAUGCUGCAAUGUUUGCAAGUCAUAAUGAUAUUAAUAUUUAUUAUCUUUGUACAUUUGUGAUUAAUGGGAAAAACGUCUCGAUUUAUCUCUUUGAGUAACCGGUAGAAGUGUUUAUAAGAAAAAUGUAUUAUCCGGGAAUUAUAAUCAGAAUUCACUUGGGAAGAAGCAUUUUUGUGGACGCCCUUCAGAGAGUUUUCUUACUGCGUAUGCUAUUUGUCAAUCUACUGUAAUUUACUUGUGCGUAAGGGUGGGUGUGUGUUCGUGUCGGUAUGCUCAAUAUUAAAAUGACUUUCUUCCUUUAUUUGAAGUGUCUAGGCAUUUCGUGCAGGAGUGCAUCAUAAAACUUGAACACCAACUACAACAACAAUUUUAUAUCCAACUGUUUGUUUGUUUGUUCAAUUAUGGCAAAACACUCUGAUUAUAAUACCUGGGUAAUGGACGCACUAUUCAUAGUCAAUAUUGCUGAUUGUCUUACUAGUAUUUCAUUUGUUUAUAUACUGCAUAAUCGUCCGAAGGUGCGUUAGAGCGAGGCUUUAGUGGUGUUAACUGCAGAUCGGUGUGAAAUGCUCAGAGCGAGUACAUAUGUAAUUCUUUUAUACUUAAUCAACAUAAAGAUGUAGAAAUAUUUCUGAGAUUUUGAAGUAAAUUUUAAAAAUUAAUUUAAUUUUGAAUUUAACCAGUCAAACUUUAUUCCACUGUUUAAUUUCGUAUUAUUUUCCAGCACUUGGUUUAUUUUCAGAAGUUGAUAAUUUGCUUCAUUUCAGGCAUGAACAUACUGUAUUUCUCUAAGUUCAGAGAGGCUUUUACAAAUGUCAAACGUGUCUAAGAAUUAGUUUUGUUUUGUUAAUUGUGGAUAUAUAUCUAUGCUAUUCUGCAUAUAUUAUGCUAUUCACCAAAUUAACACUAAAAACCUUUAAAAAAACGCAUUUGUGUAUUUUCCCUAAUCUCGUGUUUUUUUAAGUUUGUGAUUUUAGUCACUUAUAUGAUGCAUGGAAACCUUGUAUACUUUUUGCUGGCUUGAAUUUUAGACAUCAUCACUUCCAAAAAUGGCACUUUCGUGUUAUGAUCUAACCAACGUCACGUCACAUCAUGUGUAUUGAAAUUGACUGUAAACCGGGAUUUGUUGAUUGAAUUACAGAUUUCCACGACAAUUUCAACCUGAUAUAAUAUAACAUUGGCUAGUCUUGAUGGGGUUAGUAGCAAACAAGGAUAAACAAAACAAUUCUUUUCAGAAAAUUGCUCCUGAUUUAAAUUCAUGUAAAAGCUUCCCUCCACAAAGCAACUCCAAGCGGGGAAAACCAAUUGUCAAUUGAAAGACAUCGAUUCCAAAUGACUAAAUCUUUGUUGAUACUUGAAUGUAUGGUGACAACAACACUAGGCCUCUAUUUUUGCCGCAAACUGGCUGCCCUGAAUGUUUCUAUUUGAGUCUAAAAAAGCCGUGUCAGGUAGUGCACCUGCAACUAGAGUGUACAGUAUUGCAUAGCCAUGCAGAACCCAUGGGUAAAAACUCUCAAUUACAUUUCUAGAGCAGCCUUGUACCCUGAGUUUCUGAUAGACCGUCUCCAAUUAGCGAAAUAAUCUCAUAUCUCCACCCCUUUGGCUGGUAAAUUUUUCAAACCCACUUCCUUUGGUAUACAUUACACACACUACACAUGAUGCAGACGGCUUAGGCCCGAUCAUGACAGCGACUGAAAACAAUACGGCAACAAUGUUUUGUCAACCUGGCAAAUUUUAUUGACAAACAACAAUAGGGGGACAUAAAAGAUGACAUAACAUGUUUUAGUCACUCCAACUAUUGCUUCUUACGGGCAUUACUCUUAUGUCCCCUUCUUGGCCAUGGCAUAAGUGUUUCUCGAUUAUGGAGAUUUUUUAUUUCUGCGUACGCAUACUAGCUUAUCGUCAUCAUUCCUGACCAUCAACAUUCCUGAGACGAACCCUGUAACCGUGGGGGCCAUCUCAUUAAAAUACAUACGCACAUUCCUAGAUCUUAGUUUACUUAGCUGAACAACUAAUUCAGUGACAAAUUGCUUAACAUUUACAAGUUCAGUUGCACGUAACCUUUGGAUAAUACUUCGUAACAAUGAUUAAUUCAAGCAGUGGCUUCACCAAAACCUAAGAUUGCCUACUGUUUUCUCAAUCAAGUGGAUAAGCCCGUUUGCUCAGUUUCAGCAAACUAAAGUGCAGGAGACAGGUAAGCCAGAUAAAUGCUUUCCAAGUGACCAAAAUGUGCAUGUACUCUCCGUGCAUCAGAACUAAAUUUACACUAGAACGCGGAAUCAUCUCUCUGUCAAACCUGACUUAACACAUAUUGGUCACCUGGCCGUAAUGGUUCAUAUCUUCAUUAAACCAUUUCACAUUAGUGAUGUUGAUGAGUACUGUAAUUGAGUAUUAUAACUUUGAUAAAUGACCGAACUCUUGAUUGUAUCUCAACCUAUAUUGACUGGUCAUACUAAAGAGCAUUCAGUAGCAAUAACCAGUGUCCAGUGAGGUUAAAACUAAUCAAAAUGAAAUGUUGUGGUCAAAAACAAAUCAGCAUGCCAUUUGACACAUUUUGUGACAUUUUGGAUGUAAGGGGGUUCAAGACAUGGUGUCUAAAAUCACAAUUGUUCCAACCUUGGGAAGCCGUAUCAUUUCAAAAAAGAUGAAUACAAGAUGGCCACCGGCUGGUCUCGCAUGAUUCUAGACUUUAGACAACUCUCUUAUCUUACACCCACUUGCCAUGAAUCUUUAAGGACAUAUGUGCGAAAUGGCCUGCUUAUUACAUUUAUAACAACUGCAUCUCACUUGGAUGGCUAACCUUACGUGACACUUCUUGACGCUAGUGAACGCUGUUCAGGAUGACACAUUUUGACGGUGCUUUUCUAGCACUCAAGACAACCAAACACUGUUAGCACAGCAUGAACACUGAACCCUAAAACCACUAGAUCGCAGUCCACCGUAAGUUGGGAAGUGUUACUCUGUUUAAAUUGUAACUCUCUAAAAUCCGUCUCACGGCGAUUGUUCCAGCUUAUGGUGGAUGGAACUUUAAGGUGCUGUAGUGGAUGCUACAUUGCAUUUCUGUUAUCUGUAUGUUUCGCGACAAGACUGGAGAUUUUGCAUUUUGAUUGAAAUUGCAUGGUAUUCAUGUACGAUACGCAUUUAUUUAAAUAUGCUUCCACCCCUUUGACUUUUGUCUCUGUUUAACGCAUUUUAAUUUUGAUUUGAUUCGGUUGAAUAUCUGCCCCUAAUUUAAAAGUAUUUGGACACUGUUGUGCUCCUAGCUGCCGCUAAUAUUCCUUCGAAGUAUCCUACAAUACCUAUUUGGUCCAAUCGCUCUUCGUCAUGCGCAGUCGGCCAUGUUUUAUAGGAAAGAGGAAAUCGGGGAUCCCACAAGGAUAAACAACAACCUAGCAUUCAGCGGAGUAUGAUAUACCCAGCAAUAUCAUCAUCUUUCUAACUUUGAAAGUGGCCGGUUCAUUUUUUCAAAAGAUCGGUUUUAAUCUUCUUUUCGAGCCAAUGUGUUAUACUGAUGUUGAACGUAUCAUGGUAAUGAUUUCAAGUUGUCGACCCCAAUGGCAGCCUUAUUAGCAAGAGUGUCCCCCAGAAUUCAGUUUGUUUGUUUGUGUGUUGUUGUUUGGGGGGGGGGGGGGAAGUCAACGUGGACUGAAGCUUUCAACCUGGAUUAAUUGAAGGUCGCUUCAUAUUUAGCUGGGUUGCUAACCAACACUAUACUCCGGGACACUCUUGGCAGCUGUGCAACAUACUUUGCUGGCGCGAGAAGGAACAUCUCUGACCACCAUUCGUGCCAGAUGAUACGUCACUCUGUCAUUACUGCGCAGGAUGAUACGUCACUCUGUCAUUACUGCGCAGGAUGAUACGUCACUCUGUCAUUACUGCGCAGGAUGAUAUGUCAUUCUGUUGUUACAAAACCUUGUUCAAACGAUUAUGACUGCAUCUGGAUGUGCUUCAGGUGUAAUUACGUAAAUGUCACGCUGCCAUGAGUGGUGUUACUUUGACAUGUUUGAAGAAUGCGAUAACUAUCUAUUGUCAGCUACAUAUUUUAUGAAUGAUCGUGGUGUAAGGUGUGAUCCUAAAGAAAACUCCACUGUAAAGGAUAUUUUUAUUGUUUCAUUGCACUUGAUGAUAGAUAGUCAGGAAAUUGUAAAAACUAAGUCUUCGCUUACAUCGGAGGUGAUUCUACUCUUAUUUAUUAUUUCCCUUGCUGGUGAUACAUAUUCUUUCUAAAACUCCAUCUUAAUUGUCCUAAUGAGCAAAUUAUCUACUGGGCUUAAAGGCAUAAUGGUACACAGGGGUUGAUCCACAAUAUCUAAAGAACCAAAACUGUGAGUGUUGUUAUUUUUAGUGUAGUGUCGAGUUCAGCCUCAGUGCUGCAUAGUUCCCUGUUUGUUUAACUACACUCUUAGAAAAGCUUUAAAAAAGCACUAAAUACUUUUUUGCCUACACAAUCACGCACAUUGUAGAGGUUGUUCGGUAAAAUGUUGAGAUUCAGAACAACCUCAGUCUAAAGGUUUUACCUGCAUGAAAAAAACAAUCAAGUUUCUUUCAAAACUCAAAAACCUCUGUAAGUGUGUAUAGAAAAUAAGUCAGAACUAUAUAUGAAUGCAGUUCCUUGUUUUUACACGACAAAGGUUGCAUUUGCUACGGUACAUAAUUCUUCGUAUGUGACGAACUAGUUGCAUGUUAUGUCCUUGACCAAUAGUGGCUACUUGGAUUGAUCCUUUUAUCCUGAUAUACGUUAAGGUAAGGUAAUAGGUACUUUUUGACGUCAAGGCUACAAUAUGAAACAACAGUGUGAGACGAGCUUAACAUAACAUGUUCUUGUCAUCCGGUCUCGUGAGGGAGAGCAUUUUCUCUCAGGCUGCUUUUUCGCUUAUUUUCUGACAUUGAAAACAUGUCAUAAGGGCCAUUUACACGUGCACCCAAAACAUGCAUUCGGAUUCGAUCGGAUCCGCCCCGAUUCCAAACCGGAUAACCUUGUACGGUCCUUUGAGGGUAAGACAGACGCAAAUUACAUUAUGUUUAUUGGUGCUCCUUCUCUUUGCUACCAAGACGGGUUUAACAGCUUUUGCACCUACAAAUUUACAAAUUUGAAAUCUGUAGGACAUUUUCUUGUCACCAACCUGUCAUGAUUGGCAUAAAACUGUAAACAUGGAUCAACCCCGACGUUUUCUAAAUUAUCCAAUGUUUUCCUCAUCAACUUCGGAUUUUAGUGCAUGAUUUGAUAUCUAAAUGGUAGAGGCAACUAUUGUAUCAUAAAGUAUUAGCCACUGGUAAUCAGGACUUCAGGCAUUCAGGUGGUAGGCAAAAACCAUCUCGUGCAAACCCUCAUUUUAUGUGUUUAGCCAGCUGUCAUACCAAUGUGGAUUUAUGUUGAGAAAUAUUAGAAUACAGAAUUGAUUUGCGUUGAUUUAAACCACACGACCGUAUAUAUCUAUGGCUUGCCUUUCACUGGUCUUACAUUGAACCAUCAAGGUCAGUUCAUUUUCUUUUUAAAAAUGCACUGUUUCUGUGAAUCAACAUAACUUGAGAAGAAUAAUUAAAAUAAUGCUAUUGAAAGGCAGUCCAAAGAUACGUCAUUCGCUUCCAGCUAAAGCAACUAUCUGUAUUUAUGUCAUUUCUUUCUGACUUUUUCAAUAACUUGCUCAUGUUCAUAAUGAUAAAAGGAAUGCAAGUGUUUAACAACCUGCUUUACUUUGAAAAUAAUCUAUCUCUUCCCAAAGUUGACGCUGUAUGGAUGGAGUCGCAAAUUCUACGAUUUCCUGAUCAUUAGAACUGCAACUCAAAAAUUUGUUGAUUUAGGUAUCAUAACCCCGGUAAUCGACUGCCAAGUCCCUGAAGUCCUGAACCAACGGUAAUGUUGAAGAGUCCGCUAAUAAUUCUAAAAUAUUUAAGGGUCAUUAUUAAGGUAACUUUGUAAAUUAUGUCUUCAUCUGAAGCACUGUAAUGUAUUGAACUGUUGAUAUAUCUGCGACUGUAGGCCUAUUCUGUCUGGGCUCUUUCUCCCAGUUUGGGCAUCUUUACUUUUAAAGAGCCCAUUUUGGUGUUGUACUUGUUACGGUGUAUUUAUGAUAAAGGUGAAUUAUUUUCUAGCUAAAGUCAAAACUUCAUGUACUAUUUACUAUUGAAUUAAAGAUAAUCUCGGCCAUAUUGAGUAGUGAUUUUUCUCUGUCAUUGUAUGAUGAAUUCAUAAAUGGAUAGAAGGCUGCAAAAGGGUCAAAUGAGAUCCAAGAGGUCUUUAUUCCAUAAAUGCUAAUUAGACAUUUAGAAAUACAGUUAUAUUCUGACAUCGA